UCUGGUUCUGCACUGGUCAGGUCCCGAGGGUGCCAGGCUAGAGAGGUCCAACCUGUACUUGAAUCCUGCCCAGCCUAGCAGACGACCUUUUGAAGUCCCUUCCACACCUGCACGUCUAUGGUUCAGUGAGUCUAUGCCAGUCAUCUUUCAUUGAAAUAAAGGCACGGGGUACAACCGCAUGUCCUAAAUCUGUGUCCGGGGUGUAUUUUUAGAAUACUUGCUCCUAAUUUGCAUAUGAUUUAGUGGCUGCUUUUUGGUUAUUUUUCCUUGCCUACAGGAGUUACAAAUAAGAACCCGGCAAUAAGGAGACAAUGCAAGUGUUGCAUUGAGAAGGAUUUGAAAACUGUCACCUUUCUCGACCUGACACGUGCAGAGUGAAAAUCUUUCAGAAACACUGGUGAACUAAAGGCAAGCUUUAGGCGCAGUACGUCAGUUACGCAACAGACUGUCGAGAUUACUUGCUAGCAGUCACAGGCUAUCAGAAAUCACUUCUCAUAAUACUCCCGAUUCGGUUCUGUAAUCUCUCCUAAUGUGCGACCUUUCUCCCCAAAAGCGUCAAUGUACAUGCAAGGAUAUUAUGGCAGAUGUGUGCCAUGAAGUUAUUAGUGCAUCAGCACCCUGGAAGACAGACGGGCUCAGCAGGUAUUAAUCCCUGAAUCCAAAGGGAAUUUCUCCACAUUCAGAAUAGGAUGCUUUCUCUUCUUUACCGACUCAGUCAAGCAGCAGAACUGCAAACAUUCAGUUGUCCGUGGUCAUUUUAAAGACGGAGUACCUUGUAACAGAUGGCCUCUUUUCCUUCUCUUCUCUUUUCCAAAGAGGGGUGUGCCUGUGCCAGGUGCCAAAGGGACACACAGUCUAUGUUCGUACCAGCUGAGUUCACAGUGUUCAAUAUUCUGCAUGCGUCCUCCGACUGACUAGAGAUCAAAAGGCGUCCCAGGUGCCAGGCGUGAUGGGUCUGCACAGUGGGGCUCCAUGGUAUGCACUGUGGAGAGCUGAGCUUUCGUUUGGCAGGCAGGAUUAGAAAUCAGAACUGCGGGAGAGUUCCUGGGUAUUGACAAACUCAGAGAUUUCCUCCUGUGCUAAUUGUCUUCUGAGGAGGAAGAGAGCUGCUAGUAGGGAAUCCAAGGCGACUGUUUCUAAAUUCCCUUUCUUUGUCGAGGCAGGACAUGCAAGUGGGAAAUUGGCUUAAUCUGGCAAGGUUGCACACGAUGAGGAAGACUGCUGUUCUGCAUACAUGUUGCUAUAGAUAUGAUAACAAAGCUGUUCAUAUGAAAGAAAAAUGAGCAAUAUGGGGAAAUGAAAACAUCUGAACAUCGGGAAGGCCUUCUGCUGUAGGCCCUUUCCUUUCCGGUGCGCCUUCUUCCACUGAACUGUUAGCUUCAGUUAGAAAUCUAGUCCUGAUUUGUUGGCAUUGCGACAUUUUGUCAAUGGCUUUUGUGUAAGAGGCUGCUAACCGGGACAAGACAUUUGUCAUGACUGUGUUUUAAAAAGCGAGAUAAAUACGCUUGUAAUGCUUUCAGGGGCCCUACUCACUUGCGUAAAAUUAAGCUCCUGGCGUUGCAGGGUCAAAGUACAGUCUUAGUGAUCUCUUUCAGCAUCAGGGAUCCAGCCCGUAACAGCAAACAGUCAUUAAACAGCUUCCUUUUUCGAACACUCCCUCUGUGAGCAUGACCCUGGCUGAGCGCGUCUGUAGCUCGUGGCAUUCCCAGAAAUGUGGCGGGGUGAGGGCUUGGUCACUGUUCCGCUCAGAGAGCGUGGGCCAUGUUCUCCUGAGAGCCGGUCAUCGGUUUGAUCGGGAAUCUUUUGGAACCCUAGCGACAUGUGGAUGAUGUAGCACCCAGAAGGCUGUAAUCUUAAAUUAACCACGAUCUCUCAUAUUCGUCUCGCCUGUUGAGAGCUUGCAGUCUGCAAACGAGGUGGUGGCGGGGGGUAUCUUCCUCUCCCCACAGAAGUUGGUCCAGUAAAAGACAUUAACUUGCCCAUCUUGUCUCUCUGAUAAGCUGGGACAACCCCAGCUACAACGGCGCUGUGCACAAUCUGCAAACAAUUCCGUUACUCCAACGGAAGGGGUAGAAAAUGGGAUUAUUAUAGAAAUCUGGGUGCAGCUUUCACUACGUCCUCUCCAGGACAACCUAGCACCGGAAAUGCAGUCUGUACGUUUCCAAAUGGGGGCAUGUUUGGGGUUUUUACGUGGCAGCGAGUUUCAGGGUUUAGAGUAGUUUGCCUCGCCGGAAUACAGCAGCUGUUCAGUGGUGACAGCUAGGCAUGGCCGGCCCUGAUCCUGCAGCGAGGUGUAUCUCCCGCUGCUGAUGGCUCACAUCCACCUCGCUACAGGACUGGAGCGUAAGAUGCAGCUAAGCGGAGUGGGCUGCAUUACAUCGCGGGUCCAGUUUGGCUGGUGGCAGAUACACUAAAGACUCCAUCUGAUUUCUGUAAUGAAGCCAGGGUUCCCUGCUGGAAGGGCCAAAAGCUUUCUAAAAUAAAAGCUUAGAACCAUUUCUGUUGCCCCUGGUUUAGAGGCAGAGCCAAACCUUUGCUCCUGAAUCAGCUCUGGUUGGAGGAGGAAUCUGUGUUUCUUUAUGUUGCAGACUGGCCCGUGGCAUUGAGAACUUGAGCGGUACCACGUAGACACACUAGAACGGAAAUGUUCUUGUUCUUUCCAGCUCCUGUGAUUGUUGUACCACCAAAAAAGAUUCAUAAUGUAACUGGUGCCCAAGUGUACCUGUCGUGUGAAGUGAAGGCAGUUCCCACGCCCGUGAUCACCUGGAGAAAGGUCACGGAGUCACCCAAGGGGGUUAAGCUGCUGGAAGAACUGCCUGGAGACAGAGCAAACAUGGCAGUCCAGGUGCGUGGAGGGCCUUCGAAACAUGAGAGCACAGGCUGGGUCUUGAUCAACCCGCUGGCGAAGGAAGACGAGGGUGUUUACCAAUGUCAUGCUAGCAACAUGGUUGGAGAAAUGCAGGCCGAAGGGAAUAUUAAAGUGACGGAGCAAAGUAAAAGUGAGAGGACUAGCUUCCUCGGAUCAGAUGACAUCGCCGGGGAGAAGUGAUUCAGUCUUCACUCCAGGGAAACAAAGAUUGUCAAGCACAGGCUAAAAACCAGUCAAUUGGUGGCUUCUUUUGCUAUGUUGUAGAAUUAGGAGACUACAUUAAUAUUCUUGUUACAUGGUUAAGGACACGUUUUUGUACGUUUUCCUAUUUAGAUAGAUUAAUAAUAAAAAUCUGUAGUUUAUAUGAGGAAAAAA